GGUGUCUGUAUGCCGCAUGCGUUCCCCGCUGGCUUCAUCCAUCUGCGCAGAAGCCUAAAUGCAACCGUCACGUACUCAUUACGAACAGGCCUUGCAGUGCUCAACCACGGGCCCUUUAAAAAGGAUGGAGGAUGAGGGAAAUAGGCGGAGCAUACAUGCUCAACGUGUUGCUGUUGGCGCUGCAGUAUUGAGCUCUCCUCUGCAGUGCUAUCACAGUCUACAGUAACACCGCAAUAUGAAGUCUGCCGAAAUCACCCGCUCUCCAUCAACACUCCGGGCAGUCUUUGUGACAGGUAUGAUUACGGGUGCCUAAUAAGCAUGGGGACCCAACAUAGGAGGACGGAUGCCAGCUGAGCCCCUCAACUCACCAGACCAUCGCUGUUGUCAAUAUCCCAGAAUUCUCAGCUAGGCCACUGAGAAGGCUUUCUUGCAAACCCUUGGAGCCAUGGAACACAAAAUACAACAGAGGGACAAAAACAGGCCCAGCUACUUUGGCAACGUCAAGACCAGACUGGGGUCCAAGCUCCCUGUUGGGGACACCCAGUCCCCCAGGUUAAUUUCCGGACCCUUGGAGACAGGGCCUCAGACCGACCCAACCAAGGAGGCCAGUGGUCAGGGCCACCGUGCCGUGGGGCGUCCCCUUGACCACGUCCCCCACAUCCGGAACCCCCGACUGCGACAGUAUUACCUCCAAGAGCCUAGAUGGGGAACGGAGGGAACCAUGGCCAAGUCCAUGGGCAGAGAUCACCUGUCAGAUGACAAGGUAGACACUAUGGCUCACCAUGAAGACACGGUGUUCAGUGUCACCUCCAAGUGCAGUAGCCUGGCAGAUCAGACUAAGCUGAACAGGCAGCUCUCCAUCUCUUCCUCCCUCAUCUCCCGGCAGAACCUCCGCGUUCCCAAGAGUAAAGGCUCUGGCCAAGGCUCAUCUCCCGCAGUGAUGCACCUUGACCCCAACCUCAGGCUGGAGCCAGAGUUGGACACUAACCCAGGGCUUGGGCUUUUUCCGGCCCCAUCUGCCAGCCCUCACUCCCCGUCACCAGAUGCAGAGUAUGACAAACUACUGGAUGUGGAGGCGGUGCCAAUGCCUGACGGACAGCUCUGCCUACUGGCCCUCCCUCCCGAGUGCUCCCAAAGGGAAGGGCAAGCCGCCAUGCCAUAUCUCAAAUUGUUCUGCCGCUACAUCACUGACCGCAAGGGUGUGGUUUCUGGUAUCUUGCUAGUGACGUCCAAUAAGAUCUUCUUUGACCCGUGUAAGACCCACCCGUUGGUGAUGGAGCACGGCUGUGAGGAGUACCUGCUGUCCUGCUCAGUGGACAGCCUGGACUCUGUCUCGUUCUACUCGGACAUUUCCCACGUGCACUUCAACACCUCCACACACAGGUGGAAAGGAACUAAAAAUACCCAGAAAACUGUCUCCAAAACUGGCAAGACGCUCCAGCAGGGUGGGAGGCGAAGCAGCCGUAGCCCACAGCACAAGAGGGAGACUGUCCCAGUGCUGGUCUCUGCUGCUACGUCGGAGCUGAGGUCUGCCCUGGCUCUCAGCCUAGUCCAAGGGUUCGCUGAGGAGGAGAGUAGCAGUGACAUGACUCGGGCAGAGAAGCAGCUGGAGGGGAAGGGAAGCCCACUGGAAGAGCUGGUUGUGCAGUCAUCCGGGGCUGAGCUGAGCAGUGCUGCCACCUUUUGUUGUGGAGGACAAGUAGCAGCAGGGACGAGAAAUCUAGUGAGAAUGGAGCAGGUGGACAGAGAGGAGACUGAGAAGGAGCAGUCUGUGAGGAAUCAGACGUCAGGCCUCUCUAGACCUUCAGGGACUUUUGGGUGUCUCAUGUUUGUCAGGCUGCGGCUCCAGGGGUCCGCUGGGAAGAAGGGUGUGGCUGCAGACUUGCAGCUGGGGACAACAAAAACCUUACCCCGGAGGGAUGCCUGGUUCGCCUUUUCCCAGGAGAGCUCAGACGAGCUCUAUGCCUAUCUGAGCCACUGGAGGCCUGACCUAUGCGUACUGGAGGGAGGGUCUGCGGAGGGGGAUGGCGACAAAGACGAGUUUGUACUGGUUGACAACGGGGAGGAGGAGGAGGAAGAAGUGUCCAAGAACCACGGACGGACUGGGGAGGACUGGGAGAUGGUGUCAGUGGAGGAUGGUGGCGGGAGACUACCUCUGGUCAUGGACAAAGAUCCAGAGGGACUGUGUGAGAUCGUGGAGCAGAGUCGCAUCUUGGACGCAACGCUUGUCAGAGAGCUCUCAGCCGAGUUGCCUCCCAGGACAGUGGGCCACAUGUGGCAUCUGGCCUACAGCACUUCUCUUCACGGCUCCAGCCUCAAGUCCCUCUACCGGAAGCUGAACGGCAGCGACUCGCCUGUACUCAUGGUCAUCAAGGACUCGCUCAAUCAGGUGUUUGGGAGCUUUCUCUCUCACCCACUGAGGCCGAGCGAGACCUUCUAUGGCACAGGAGAGACAUUCCUCUUCAUGCUGCAUCCUCGAUUCAAGUGUUUCAGAUGGACAAGAGAGAACUCCUUCUUCAUAAAGGGAGACCUGGACUCUUUUGCUAUCGGAGGAGGAAGUGGUCACUUUGGCCUGUGGCUGGAUGAGACGCUGUACCUGGGCAGGAGUAGCCCCUGUUACACCUUCAACAACUGCUGCCUCUCAGAAAGAGACGACUUCCACGUCAUAGAGCUGGAGGUGUGGACAUUCUGGUGAAGGCCUGCCCUCUUCAACUUGCCUAGCAACACCCACUCAUUAUGUCUGGCUGUCCAAUGACUGCUUUAAACAAGACUCUAGAACAAUGAGUUGGAUGUACCUCACUAUUUUGACUUAAUUCUGUGGUUUUGGGCUGUGAACUGAACUGUGAUUAUUCUGAACCCUAUCUCUGAAUGUGGACCAAACCACUAGGUGGAGGAGGGGUGUUGGUGGUUUGGGGCUGAGGUUGUAGCCUCACUGCAUUGGAAGACCCCCCCCCCCCCCCACACACACACACACACUCUUUCGCAGGUUGGUAUGGUCCUCACGGUCAUCUGACUCUGCCUUGUGGAUACUGUAGUUCAGGGGUGGAAUUCACAUCUUCUAGCAAUGGAUCUCCAUCUGAAGGCCUACCUGCAUGUGUAAGCCUGCAUUUCCGCCCCAGCACAAUUGGCACUGUUAUUCCGGCACCAUUUUUUUUUUACACAUCUUUUUGCUGCCUGUGAAUCGCUAACCUGAAGGUGGCUGUCUCUUUUGUAAAAUGGAGGAACUGAAAUUCAAAGAACUAGGGGCUCACUAUGCCCCUUUUUGCAUAUAGACCAAAUUAUAUGAACUGAUGUACACAUUUAGUCAAAGUGAACAAAAAAAGGACUUGGGGGAACAUGGUCUAACCUAAAUAUUUAUAGAAAUGUUUUAUGUUACCCAAUCAAACAAUACAUGAAAGUUGCUGUCACUGAUCAGAAAUUAGAUCCAUGUUCCCACAAUAUAACAAGUAGACAAAAUGUGGCUAAUGUUAUUAUAACAUGUCUUUAUCUGAUACUUUUUGAGAAACAUCGAUUUCAUCCAGUAGUCAGCUUACAGGACUGAAAAUAACAAUCAAGACUCAAUCUAUUUUUAUUUUUUUUGCACAAAAUUAGGCACAAAUAGUCGAAGGUUAUUUCAAGGGGAUGACUACCUCUGCAAUGCUAACAUGUGCCUACAUUGCAGUGCUUAAAAGGAAAGAUUCAACCAUUUUGAAUGUUUUAUCGUAUUUGUGCAUCUGAGCGAUGUUCUAUCAAUUCCUAGGGUCUUUUCAUGUUUAUCUGAGCUAUUUGCUGUUCAAGCAGGCAAAAAAAAUACAGCCUGCUUGAACAGCGAAUAGCUCAGAUACACAUGAAAGGACCUUAGGAAUUGAUAGAACAGUGAUGCACAUAUGAUAUCACAUUCAAAAUGGGUGAAUCUUUCCUUUUAGAGGAUGGAGAAAUUACAUUUUGUUAAGAUAUUACCUGUUUCAAGUGUCAAUGUACACGUGGUAGAACCCGAAGAAUAUCACUAAGUCCAUUUCAUCUCGCUCUUAAUAACUGUUGAUUGUGUUAGAUAAUAUUUGGUGUAGUCACACUUUAAAUUCUGAUCUCAUGGGUAAGGUGUUAAUUAACCUGUAGUUCCAUAACAUGAGAUCUACAUCAAUGUUUUUGCUUCAUAGGAAAGCAAUUACAUUACAAUUGUGCCAGCAUCCAACUUUUUGUGUUUCCAUGACAGCUGUUGGUGACCUCGGGAACAGAGCAGGGGUGUUGCCUGCAGAGGUUUUAGCAAUGGCAUCAGGCCUUGGCCAGCCAACUUUGGACUUUCAGGCAGGCCCUCAAACUGCUAAAACUCCAGAGGGAACGACUUGACCUGCUCUGCCACUCCAACAAUGACUGACAAAGUAUUACAGAAAUCUAUGAUUCUUUACAUAUUGCAAAACAGUGCCACUAAUUAGUACAAUGCAUUAUGGUGUGUCUGCUUGUUUUGGUGUGAAACCGUUUUAAGUGAGUAAAACAAAUUUGAACUCACAACAAUUAAAUAUGAAUUGGUCAAUAGUAUCAAAGACCAAAGCAACGUUUUAAAAGCUGGCUACUUUUCUGACUGAUGAGAAGUAUGUCUACUUGAACGUCUAGCUAUUGAGUUUAGUUAUAGAAAAAACAUGUCUAAAGCGUAUGUCUUCAGAAGGGCUCAACUGGUAUAGCUGCCACGGUCAUUUGAAGAGGUUCUUGAAGAGGUAAUACUGAUCAUGUUGGAUGCUAAUGAAAACCUGAAAAGUUGCCAGCGCCGAAGGAAUCUGAUCCCUACACAGAAGUUAGACGUUUAGCGUUUCAUUUUAUCAUUAUCCUUCAGAGGAAUUACCCUAAUUUACAAACACAAAGUUGACUGCUGUCAGCCUUUACUGUGCUAGGUAUUCCUUAGCUUUCUCCAGCCCCUCUUUGAGAAAAUUGCUGUAUGUCGCAGUGGAGGGGUCCUCGAACCCCCCCCCCCCCAGAGAAGCUAAAUGUGGCUUCUUCCUCAGGCUUCAUGGACUUCUCAUCCAGGAAGUAAUUAGCAUCGAUGUGGUGGACCUAGAGUCAUUAGGGGGAAAAUUAAUUCAUUUUCACACAACCUUAUUUUUUAAACUUUGGUCUGGCACAGGAUCCAAUUACAUUCCCUUAAAGUGAUGGUUCAGUUUUAUUUUGAAGCUUAUUUUCGACUUCCCUAGGCUGUUGUCGUUUCCUCCAAACCAGUUGAAUUUGUUAAGUAUCCAAAUCAAAGUGUAUUGGUCGCACAUACAGAUUUGCAGGCAGGGUUGGGUAGGUCACUUUCUAAUUGUAACCCGUUAGUCAAAUUUAAUCUGAUUCCUUUGUUACAUUUAGAUUAAUUUACCUUUGAGGCAUUACACAAAUUAAUUACAAAUUGAAUGACAUCUACUGAUUUAUCUAGGAUAAAUCCAUGUUAGGUUACAUAGCUGGUCAUAAAUGGAUGUUGCAUUGCACUUUGGGUUGUUUUUGUAAGCUUCUUCUAUCCCAUUGCUUUCUACUACAGAUAAUAAUACAAUUUAGAUUAUCUUUACAUUAAAAACCAACGUCUGUCA